CUCUGCUGUGCCUCCACCGAAACCCAAACCGGGUUGCAGAUUGACACACAGUCUUUCACUUGCCACGGGUCAAUAUAAUCUCACUCCCCUGUAUGGGAAAUUUGGAGCCGUCACUGUACUGAAAAAGACACACGCACCCUUUUCUUGCUAUCACACCCGUCCUCGCACUUAUCGGCUGCUGCCGCUUUCCUGCUCGUCGACCGGACCAAUUUCUGACUGCGAUCGAAACCUCCCUCACCUGAGCCCACGAAGCAAGCAACUGCCACCAUUUACUUCCUCCCCAGCGUCACCAUGGCGCAAAUAAGAGGCACCGCAGGCUACAACCUGGGCCUGAACAACCAAUUCGGCUCCCAACGGAGCGACAAUGCCACCAACGACCCCAGUCCCCUCGACCAGAUCCGAGAGCAGACGAGCAAAAUUGAAGACUGGUUGAACACAAUGGGCGAGCCCCUGAAACCAUACCUGCCCGCCAUUGGUAGAUUUCUCAUCGUUGUGACGUUCCUCGAAGACGCGGUCAGGAUCGUGACUCAGUGGAGCGACCAGCUCACCUAUUUGAGGGACUACAGACACAUCCCUUGGGGCAUCACCCACCUUUUCCUCAUCUUUAACGUCAUCACCAUGUCAGUCUGCUCAACACUGGUCAUCAUGCGCCGCUAUGGCGAGUAUGCAGUGGGCGGCCUGUUGUCAGUCGUGGUUGUCCAAGCUCUCGGCUACGGCCUCAUCUUCGACCUCAAUUUCUUCCUGCGCAACCUCUCCGUGAUCGGAGGUCUGCUCAUGGUGCUCGGAGACAGCUUCGUGAAGAAGAGGGUGUUUGCGGGCUUACCUACAAUUGACGAGAAGGACAAGAAAAUGUACAUCCAGCUUGGGGGCCGGGUCCUGCUAAUUUUCCUCUUCGUCGGAUUCGUCUUUGCUGGUGAGUGGAGUGUCGGGAGAGUCCUGGUCAGCCUGGUUGGAUUCGUGGCUUGCGUGAUGGUCGUGGUGGGUUUCAAGGCGAAGCUCAGCGCCAUCAUCCUAGUUGUCCUGCUCAGUGUGUUCAAUGUGCUCGUCAACAAUUUCUGGACACUUCAUAAGAACCACCCACACAAGGACUUUGCCAAGUACGACUUUUUCCAAAUCCUGUCGAUCAUGGGUGGCCUGUUGUUACUGGUCAACAUGGGACCUGGCCAACUGAGCGUGGACGAGAAGAAGAAAGUAUACUGAGCGCGUCGAGAACUCGACGCAAGGGUCUUCUUCGAGCAAGAGAGAGCACACUAUGCUCGAGGCACGCGUCGAUGGUAUAAGAAUGUGGAACGAGACCAUGCAGGACCACACCGAGGGUCGCUCAGAGGAAAGAAGACAGCUACGAUCCACUACAGGGUGUUUCGGAGACAACUUGUCUCACUAGUCGGCUGUCGUGGUCUUUACCGCGCAGAGAGCAAUUCAGCGCGCAUCCUCAGGGGCCCAGGGCCGUGAUGACGAAAAUACGUGUGAUAUCUAACUUGCAUAAGCGGUUGCGUUCUCAGGGAUAGAACGUAGGUUGGGACAAGGACUCAGCAUGUUUCUGCAUUCUGGAGUAAAGAUCCAGACUGGACAGAUUUCGAAAAGCAAUUACCUCCAAGACAAGCAAGCACAUUCCCCUUUGAUGCAUUGCCGUUGGGAUUUAGCUAGAGAUAAUAUACUUCGUACAGUCCUCGCGGCGAUAGACAUGAGUUGGAGUCUGAUAUGUGAAUGCCAAGCUCUUCAAUCUGCGUCCUCGCCGAAGCGGCGCU